UAUGGCUUUGAAGAAUAAAUUGAAGAUUGCCUUCUAAAACUAGUUAAUUCCCAUUAAUUAUUUUGGAUUUGGUCUUUGUAUUCAUACUUUCCGAAUCACGUUGAUUACCAAGGCAUUUAUUGAAUACGCCUAUAUAUAUAUACGGUUGUAUUAUAUCAUCCAAUACAAUAUACAGAAAAUAAAUUGGCACAAAAGAGUGAAAAGUAAAACUCACACAUCAAGAAUCAUGAGAUCUGCUAGUAUUUUUUUGGUUUCUUGUAUUCUCAUGUUCUUCAUCAUGAACAAUGUCAAAGACGUGGAAGCUGGAUUGUCUCCAAUGGAUAACCAAUGCGGCCGGAAGGAUAUAUUUGUCGGGGGAUGCGGUCCUGACGGAAACAAAACGUGCAUAAACGACUUUGUUAAGAAAGGAGGUGAAGGGAAUAGGCCUUCUAGUUGCGAGUGUGAUGACUUCGGCCAAGAACAUUUAUGCCGAUGUAAUUUUUCUUGCUAGCUUUUGUUAUGGUAUAAUCAAAACUCAAUAACAAUAAAUAAUUAAUGGAGAUUAACACAGAAGAAACUAGUUUUGUUGUUGUGUGUGUCUAAAAUCAUAAGAAAAAAAAGUAGCAAAUCUUAAUAAACUUUACUAUUUGUGCAAACAUGUUCUCCAUUAAUUAAACUUGAAGAUCCCUACAAUAGUUCAGAGAUUUUACAGCUCCAUUAACAUUACAAACUGCGGACAUUAUUUUAGGUGGUUUCCUACCGUGAUCUUUUACCCAAAUAAAUAUUUAAAAAUAAAAGUAUGAAAAUCAAAUAAAAUGAAGGCAUCACGCGGUUGCACGUCAUCUCACGUGCCAUGAUUUACAUAUUAGUAUGGUAUCAGAUAUCAUAUCUGUUGGGGGUGGAUUUACAUCCUACCUCAAGGUCCAUUAGACAAUAAAUUAGACUCAUUUUAUUAUGAAGCCCUAUCUUCUUCUUUGUAUAAAUAGAGAGAUACCUCUCUUUAUCAAAGAUGUCUUCUUCUCCAUUUUAGACUUAGAACACUUCUUACAAAGGGUUUAUAGAUUAUUAGAUUUAUUUACACUUGUAAUCCUACAUGUAAUACAAUCUUAAAUCAAUAAACUCUUUUGAUGUUCAUUUUCUAUUUGAUUUCUAUGUUGAUUUCUCCUUAAACCUCAAAGAAUCUAUUCAUCUUCUUUAGAUUCUUUUAUUGUAUUGAUUCAACUAAAACUACCAGCAUAAACACCAUUAUUGGAUCAAACAGUUGGCGCUAGAAGGAGGGGGCCAAAGAGAACUAUCUUCAAAACAAAUCAAGUUUGGAAAAACCCUAGAUCUACCCAAAAAAAAAAAUCAACAAUGUCAUUUUGUUUCUUCACCAAUACACGACUUUGGUUAGGGGAAAGUUCGAAGCUUUCUUGAACGACCGUGAAAGCUUUGCUUUUGAUUCUCAGAGAGCCCUCGUCUGGUCCUUCGGCUUGUGGAGAUGGCUCGGAGCGGCGAUUGCAACCUCGCGAUGGUUGAGUCUCGUUCCGUCGGUGACGAACUCGUCAAUUCCGAUCUGGGCAUCUCGUCUUCAUGGAUGACGAACUCGUCAAUUCGUUUCUCCACCACCACGUCGAGUUCAAUCACAUGCCGAACUCACCUCGAUCCACCGGUGACUUGUCGAGCUUCUUUCCAGUCCAUGAAGAAAGCCGUAACGAUGAAUCAAAUCAUCUCGUCACUUUGUCAUCUCUUCACGGUGGCAACAGCUUAUCCGACUUCGAAACCAACGAGGAGCUGGUCGCCUCUGUUUCCUCUUGGCUCAGAACGAUUGCAACAGACCUCGAGAAUUGAUCUCGGCGAAGCUAGCUCGACCUUGUCUCCACCGCCACGUCUUGAGUUUAAUCACUCGUCGCCUCAGCCUGUGCAAUGGUGACCUCGUGAUGCUUGAUCUGAGCAACGACGACCUCGCGAUACUUGAUCUCGGCUUCAUAUAUCUCCUCCUCCUCGGGACAUUUAUGGCUCUUGCUGGAGCAAAUGAGAAAGUUUGAAGCUUUAUCAAGCCGUCAUAAUCUUCCCGGCUCAAAGCCUCUCCACCGGGUUCGAGCUCCAUCAACAGCAAGGCUCCAUGAGAAAGCUUCCUCCUUUGUCAUGUGUGACCAGAUGGCGAGAGCUUUUGGGCCUCAAGAAUCUUGUUAAUGCCAAGGGCCAUGAUGAUGUCUCAUGAGAAGUUUGAGAAGCAUUUGCCAAUCACGGCAAGCUUAUCUCGAGAUCUUGAGCUAAGGAGCUAGGUCUUGCCACCACUGAGCUCGCCUUGAUGUUGAAGCUGCAGAAGCUUGGAGAUCUCUAAAGGCAAUUCACCUUUCAGGUGGUUAUGGUUCAAGAGAUAGUCAAGGGUGUGCUGCUGCUGCUUUAGAAGAUACAGAGUGCAGAGCUCAGAUUCCUUGGCUCGAACCGAGAGUGGACCAAGCUUGAAGCUCCAGAGAACCACAGAGAAGGAGCUGCGAGUAUCAGAUUCCUGGUGCUCGUCUUUCUCAACUUUGGAUGGCUCAGAAAUGGACCAAGGAACAAGAGCAGCAAUACUGAUCCAUCACCUUGACUUAACAGCAAAGACAAGAACAAGAGCAGCAAUACUGAUCUUAACUCGAGAGCUUGUCGCUUCCUGCAAACAGCUUGGCACGAGCACUGUCCACGUUUUCUACAGACAGCUCCACCGCUAGAAGCUUGCUUCCUGAGCUUGACGUCGUCAAGAUCGCGUCUUAGCCUCUUCAUUGGAUUCAGCUACAGAAGUCUACUCUCUACCAGCAUGUUCAGUCUCCGAUUGUUCCCCAAGAGCUUUACUUCUCAGUAUGACGUGAUCUUGGCAUUGCUUGGAGAUCAUCUCAGUAACAGCUCGAUCUUGGCAGUCACAUAAUCUCAACCUCAACGCUUGUUUCUUCCUCACCACCAAAGAUAAGCUCUCUUAUCAAAUCAUUACAUGCUUUAAUCACUUUGAAAUUACACACAUGUGUUAGGCAUUAUAGCUUUGGUUUAUAUUAUUAAACAACACAUUCUCGUAUGACUUUUUAUGGGGUGAGUUUUGUUAUUUGCUUUACUGUUGGUAGCUUAUGAUAUUAAUAAGUUGAUAAUUAAUACAUCAUCAUGUUCAACUCACAAGUCACAAGCAUUAAGCAAAACAAGUUCCAUCGCUUACUUAGUGAUUAUGCAAAACUUGUUUAUUUCUCUUAGAAUUGACGUGAUCUAAUCAUUCCUCUUGUGAACCAGAGUUGAUUACGUAACGUCGAGCCAAAGAGGAUCAACGAGUGAAUGCUACUAUCAUGUCCUCAUGCUUGGAAUGGCGAUCUCUCAGCUGUGAGCUUGCCGCCGGAAGCAGUACAAGCGACACAAACCAGCACGUUUCUCAACGUUGUCAUAGCUAGACAAGCAUACACACCAACUACUUGUUUGGCACACACGAUCUCAACACGAGACUUCGGGUUGGCAAUAAUUCGGUAAACGUGUACUUUAGGAACAAGUUUAAAUUGAACUUGCUUUUUAUUAGGCACGAGUUUGCGGUCGACUCGCUUAUUGUUAGACACGAGUUUACAAAAACUCGUCUUUGACUAGGCAUGAGUUUACAGAAACUUCCCUUCUACUAGGCGCGAGUUCUCAGUAAAUUCGCCUCUGUCUCAGCAUGAGUCAAGUAAACUCGUCUUUCACUAAGCACGAGUUUAAAGCAAACUCGCCUUUUACUAGGCACAAGUUCAAAAUAAACUCGCCUAAACCGUCAUAGGCAUGAAUGUGUCUAGUUUAUUGUCUAAUAAACCCUAUUCGUAAAAUUCACAGAGAUCGAUUUCAUCUCUCUCUACGAACUUGGGGAGACUUAUUGUUGGAGGUGGAUUUACAUCCUACCUCAAGGCCCAUUAGACAAUAAAUUAGACCCAUUUUACUAUGAAGCCCUAGCUUUUUCUUUGUAUAAAUAGAGAGAUACCUCUCUUUAUCAAAGAUGUCUUCUUCUCCAUUUUAGACUUAGAACACUUAUUACAAAGGGUUUAUAGAUUAUUAGAUUUAUUUACACUUGUAAUCCUACAUGUAAUACAAUCUUAAAUCAAUAAACUCUUUUGAUGUUCAUUUUCUAUUUGAUUUCUAUGUUGAUUUCUCUUUAAACCUCAAAGAAUCUAUUCAUCUUCUUUAGAUUCUUUUAUUGUAUUGAUUCAACUAAAACUACCAACAUAAACACCAUUAUUGGAUCAAACAGUAUCUCGUCCCAAGGCAUCACGCAAUUGCAGAGCAACAUGUCUUCUUCAGUUUCUUCCGUUCGUCGUAGUAAAAACAACACGAAUUUCUGUUUUAGUGGCUUUAGUCUGCUUGCCAUUUUAAAGGUCCGUCAUCUGAAUUAAAGAUAGAAGAACAUCAUGCUUUCCUUUAGCACAUGUAGUCGUGGGUUUCUUUUUAAACUUGGCUACUAGUAAGCUCAUAUAUUUUCUUCCGACAUACUAUUAAUAUUUGUAUUGUAACUAUUUGUGCAUAUAUAUUUAUGAAACUUGGAACAAGACUUCAGAUGAUAAUAUAAUCACAUUUGGAACAAGAGUUCAUAUUACAUAAAUCACAUUUGGAACGUAACUUCUUAUUAUAUACUCACAUGGAUAAAUUAAUUUAGAUGCUGAGCAGUUGAGCCAAUCAUGCCAAAGAAUGUAUGUAGCAUAAAUAUAUUAAAUUCACAUUACACGUUUCAUAUGUGAACCUCCUAACGACGAUUUUUGUUAGUCUUCUCUCUCAAAUGAUUUCAUAAACAUAUCUCUUUUGAUUUCUUUUAUGCGCAGGUUAAGGUCUUUGCUCCAGUAGAAGGGCUUGUAUGGGUAGUUCUUGUGCUAGUCAACUGGACAAACAACACAAUGGAGUUGCCCACGCAGCUAAGGAAUGUAACUUCGAGCGAUAUUGACAAACUACCUGUUUCUAUUAUUAUCCUAUAGGAUUCAGUGAGGUGCGUUAGACCUUACCAUAUCGAGUCUUUAUGUUAACUAGGUGCGGAGCCCCGCGCAAGCGCGGGGUUGUUGAGUUUGAUUUUUCCCGUUACUGUAUGUUGCGAAGGAUUUGAUGCAGUUGAUGGAGUAUUUGUUUAAAUUGUGCAGUAGUUGUGUUUAUAAUUGUGACUAUAACUGGUGAGUUUGUAUUGUUGUAGUGUUCAGAGGACGUC